AUGAGCACAUCCAGACAUCGCUGGCGAGGAUGGCCUGUUGGACUUGCCCUGGAGGUGCUGAAAACUGAGUUCCCGGACUACGAUGUCUUCCAUGCCAUGGGUCUCUUCUCGGUUUCAGGUCUCCGUCAGUCCCAUCUUCCGUCGUCGCAGUUGCAGGACACAACUCAAGACAUGGCCAGGCGACUAGCUCAAGUCUUCAAUGUGAACCCCGUCGGCUUGAUGGAGCAGCUUUCCAGGCUGCGGCCUUUGGCAGUGAACAUGGUGAACAAUGGCUGUGAUAGCAGCAAGGAUGCAUGGGCGCAGGUUAUGAAGAAAACACAACAUCGCAAGUCCUUGCGUGCAUCCUACCCAGCAAGCGACGCAUCGACGAGCGGUCUGGAACAGACCUUCAGCCGGCAGGACCGCGCCCAGACUGCGAAGUCUCCGGCUUCGGUGGAACAUGAGGUCCGGGCCAUCAGGCUCGCCACUUUGAGCAUCAGCCCUGAAGCUGAGAAGACUCUAUGCCAAGAGGCUCAGAAGCUCUAUUCGGAAUGCUCUCCAGGGUCGGCUUGCCGGCAGAGAGGCGCAGCCCGUGUCGACAAGGACAUCCGCCGUGGCAUCCGUGCCAACGCUGAGUCUCAAGCCGCUUGGCUCAAGAAGCGACGAACGGAUGUCCAGGAGGGCGUGGAUCGUGAUCGGCAAUCAGCAGAUCUGGCUUUUCCUUCAUCUAUGGAGCUCGAGACUUGGAAUGAGGGCCAUGAAGAAGCUCUGCAAAAGCAAAAGACUAAGCAGGCGGAGCGCCUCCUGGAAGCCUACGAGGACAAUCUCUUGCUGGACCGCGAGAUCACAAACGAGCUGAAGAAAAACGCUGCGAGUCACAAGGCCAAGGUGGCCAAGCUGGAUGCCACGUUGAAGAAGAAGCGACAGAAGAAUGAAAAAGCUGCUUCCAAAAAUCAUUUGCAGCUGUGCUUGGCCGAGUUCCAUGGCACUGUUUGGCGGUUGGCGGAAGAUGUAUUCCAUGACGUGAGCGCAAUCUUGAUGGCGAACAAUAUCAGCCUUCAGAAUUCUGACGAGUGUUGGAGCUCAGCAGAUGUUCUCGUGGUGAGAGAUGCUCUUGAACCAGCAGAGCUUCUGGCGUGGGUGGCCGCUUUCUUUGGGAAGACUGUUGUGGAAGUCAGCGCGAUCACGGACAACAGUGGGUUGAUUCUCAAGUUCAAGCCAGUCUGCAGGCGCAAGCUAGCCAUUUGGAUGAGUCCUCAGUUCAGGCAAGAGGAGCCCAUCAUAUCAUCGUUCAUCCGACAAGCUGUGAAUCACAGAGGAUCGAAAUGGGAGGUCCAGCAGCGUCGAGAGGCGGAUGCCUUGCUGGGGACGUCGGCAGAAGCAGCUCAAGGUCGAGACGAUCGGUGGCGUGACAAAGUCAGCAUGUUAAAGGAGAUCUCCAAGUUGGACUAUGACAAGUCCGGCAAAUGCGGUCGUCAUCGUUGA